CAACCAAGUGACAAGAAGAAAAAGAAAAUAGGUGUUUUUCCAUACAUUUUAGUGGAAGUUGUAAUUAUAAAUGAAGUUUCGUAAAUUUUUUUAAAAUUUUGAAGUGUUUAAUUUAUUUAUUUGUUCGUUGAUAAUUGUCUUUUUUCCAUGUGAUUAUAUACGUAGUGCUAUUUUGUGUAUGUGUACCCCUUAAGUGUUCAUUUUGUGUGAAGUUUUAUUAAAAAUUGUUUGUGUUGAUAAUGUUGUGAAUUUUGAUAACUUAUGUUGCACCUCUCAACAACUCAAGUAAAUUCGUAUUUUAAUUCUACACCUGUGACUCGAGCCAAUUUAUGUGAAGACUGUUUGAGAAACUGUUUGGGAAUUUGAAAUUAAAUUAUUUGUAUCUGUUAUGACAAAAAGCUCCUGUUAAUGGUUUCGAGCAGGCUGCAAAAAAAGCCCGCUCGUAUGCCUUUCCUUAGCCCGAAGAUGUCCGCUUCACGACACUCCAACAGGUUAUACACCGUGGAGGUCGGAGAUACGAAAUUUACUAUUUUAGAAAGAUACCAGAAUUUGAAACCGAUCGGUUCCGGUGCUCAGGGUAUCGUUUGCGCCGCCCUGGAUACCGUUACACAACAGAAUGUAGCCAUAAAGAAACUUUCACGACCAUUUCAAAAUGUCACUCACGCUAAAAGAGCUUAUAGGGAGUUUAAGCUCAUGAAACUAGUCAAUCAUAAGAAUAUUAUAGGUUUAUUAAACGCGUUCACUCCGCAAAAAUCUCUAGAAGAAUUUCAAGACGUCUAUUUAGUAAUGGAACUAAUGGACGCGAAUUUAUGCCAGGUGAUUCAAAUGGAUUUGGAUCACGAACGUAUGUCCUAUUUGUUAUAUCAAAUGCUGUGCGGUAUUAAACAUUUACAUUCGGCUGGAAUCAUACACAGGGAUUUAAAACCGAGUAAUAUUGUAGUAAAGUCAGACUGUACGUUAAAAAUAUUAGAUUUCGGAUUGGCCAGAACUGCUGGUACCACUUUCAUGAUGACGCCAUAUGUGGUCACUCGUUAUUACCGCGCACCAGAGGUGAUACUGGGUAUGGGUUAUAAAGAGAAUGUGGAUAUUUGGUCAGUCGGAUGCAUUAUGGGAGAGAUGAUUCGUGGCGGAGUGUUGUUUCCUGGAACUGAUCAUAUAGAUCAGUGGAAUAAAAUUAUUGAACAAUUAGGUACACCAGCAGCCGACUUCAUGCAUAGAUUACAACCUACUGUACGUAACUAUGUUGAGAAUAGGCCAAGAUAUUCAGGCUACACGUUCGAUAGGCUGUUUCCGGAUGUACUAUUCCCUUCUGAUUCUUCAGAACAUAAUAGAUUAAAAGCGAGUCAAGCACGUGAUCUGCUAUCACGUAUGCUGGUCAUAGACCCAGAGAGACGUAUUUCCGUCGACGAUGCACUAUUACAUCCUUACAUCAACGUCUGGUACGAGGAAGGUGAGGUAAAUGCGCCAGCUCCCGGACCAUACGACCAUUCGGUCGAUGAAAGGGAGCAUACAGUCGACCAGUGGAAGGAACUUAUCUACCAAGAAGUUAUGGAAUGCCAUAAUUCGGCUAGAUUUUCACCUCCGCAGUCAAAUAGUACAGAGGAGACAGAUGGAGCGUCUCCUAGUCGUCCUACUCGAUAAUAAAGAUUUUAAAACAUAGUUUUCGGUUUGUUUUUCCUUUUUCCCCUACUCUUUUUUCUUUUUAUUUUUUACUAUUUCAGUGCACGUUGCAAUAACAGUAUUUUUUCCCCUUCUACUACUGAAAAGUAAGAAUAGCGUUCUUUUCGCGGAGAUUUCUCUUCUCUCUCUCUCUCUCUCUUUCUCUUUUUUUCAUCUAUGAUGAAAGUGCUGCCAUUAUUCUUACUUUUCUUCCUUUAUUUUCUGUUUAUACCUACGUAUGUAUUUUACUUUGAAAGCUUGGAGAAAUUUUUAACUUUUUGACGUCGCAAAGCGUUGUUUUAAAUAUGUGUAAAGUCGCCUUUGAUCGAGUCGAAAAUCCGUCCAAAAAUCUUGACGAUGUCGGACCGCUUAGAGUUGUUGGUUCAAUAACCGAGCUUUGAGUAUUGUGCGACGAUGUGUUUUCUUUUUUUAAGAGCUUGUUUUAUAUACGUACGAGUAAUAGUAUGCACUUUUAUCACGACGUGCGAUAUAUUUGAAAAUUUGGACAAAUUUAUACAAUUGUUUUGAGUUUUAAACAUAAUAUAAACGAAGCUCGCAAAUGCGACGUUGAUUGUAUGAUUGUUUUAUCAGUUUUGACCCUUUUUAACGUAUCAAUUUUACAAUAUAGAUUUUAUUUUGAAUUUUAAUAUGUAUAACUUAUCGUGUGAAUGGAGUAGAAUUUGCUUUAUUGGGUUUUAUUAUUCUUUACGAACAAAUAAUAAUUUCCUUCACAUUGAAGUAUCCUGUUUUGAUUUUAUUUAUUUAUUAUUUAUUUAUUUUUUUUUAGAAUUAAAUAAUUUUUCGACUAAUAGAUAAAUGAAAGAUUAUUGGCGGCUUUGUAAAUGUGUGUAAGUUAUUUUUUUUAUUAUUUGUUUUUUGAAACACCAAGUUCAAAAAGGUUUUAAAUUGUGCCAUUUUUAUUUUUAAUUCCAAGUCGAGUUGGUAUUUGUAUUUUAAUUGUUCUUUUUUCUAGAUGGCCUUUUUUUCAAAACGCUUUUUAUCUACCAAUUUUUGCGAAUAUUCUAAUCAAAAAAUUUAUUUUUAGUGUUCUUAAUGAUGUGAUGAAAAGGAAUGUUGAAUGAACGAAACAACUUUAUUCAGUUCCAUUACUAUCGAGGUUAUUUUAAAAUAAAAUUACACCGGCUCGAGGAUUUUAUACUAGUAGUUUAAAUUUUUACCCUAAACAACACCAUUAUUUACAUUAGUUUAUUUCGUGAAUUCGACAUUUUUCAUCAGAUGACGAUGGUUUUUACAAAUCGCUUUUCAUUUGUAAGUUAGUUUUAAUGGUAACAUUUUAUCUUCAUCUAGUAAAAUAAGUGCUACAAAAGAAGUUUAUUACGAAAUGAAGCAAUGUCUUAAUAGUAUUCAAUUCGAGGAGAAAUUUUAUUACAUUCCAAGAGAUAUGACAUUUUGACCUAAUAAUUAACGAAAAAAAUAUAUUCUAUGAGUAGUUUUUUUUGUAUAAGUUACUGUGUGGUAAACAUAAAAAUUAUUUUACGAAACGCUUUUUUUAGACGCAAUAUUUGAUUUUAUAUUAUUUGAAUUUUGUAGAAUGAAAUUGCAUCCAUCUAAUAGAUCUAUGUAAUUACAUAAUUUUGUUAUUUAUUUAUUAAUUUAUUAUUUUGUACAUAAUAUAAUGUUUGAAUUAAUUUUAUCGUAGCGUCCAGUUUUUUUUUGUACAUAAGCAGCAGUAUGAUUUAAAAAAAUUAUUUUUAAGCGCUAUUUAUUACAAUAUUAGGCAUAUUUUGUGUAAAAAAAAAUUUUUUUUAAUGAAAAGAAAUGGAAUCAAGUAAAAAAUUGUACGAUCUGCUGAAUAUACUAUACUUCUAUCUUAUUGAUUUUUCUCUUUCAUUUAUUUUGUUUAGAAUUUUGAAAUUUCUUUCGUGUCAUUCAUCAUAAUAUUCCAUCUCUCAAUUCUCAAUUAGUUAAUUUUUAUUUAAAUUGAGAUGAAAAGAGUUUGUUUUGCUUUUUUGCUGCAACUGCAAGUGAUUCUGAAAAUUGAAAUUGGAAGCAUUGAUGAAGGCAUGGAGCUUGCCAGUGUUAGUCUAGGGCACUAUACACUAUACAGCCAGUCUGGAGGAGAAUAAAAUAAAAUUAAAUUGAAUUAAAUAAUUAAAUUAAUAAAUGAAUAAAAUAAUGAAGAAUUUGAAUUUUGAAAUAAUAAACGAAAUAAAAGCAAGAGCAAAAAGACUAAACAUAUUAUAGUACUCGUAAGUACCUAAAUAAUAGAUUUUGGAAAAUUGAACAUACUGAUGUCACUGAUACAGAAAAGAAACAUGAAAAUUUGAAAAUUUGAAAAAUGAAAUCCACGAAAGGAAAAAUGCAAAAAUCCAUAAAUCGAAUCUGUACGAACAGUUCCGAAAUUACCCGAAGUUUACCCAUUAUCGAUUUCUCAAAAAUUUUUCUGUGAAGUACAAUUUCAAGGUGUUUCGUUAUCAUUAAAAACAUGUCCGUACAAAAAUAUUGAUAACGAACCUUCAAUUACUUGGUUUUUAAUACAGUUUUUCUACUUGAUUAUGAUUUGAAAAACUAAUUUUUUCUAUGAAAAUAAAUCAAGAAUUGCUAUACAAUGUUACUAAACAGAUUCCUUAAAAUUUCCACCAUUGUGUGUCAAAAUUCGGGUAAAAUUGCUACCAGAAGUAUCACACAUUACUUGAG